GGGAACGGACAGCGGGGGGUGGCAGAAGGGGUACAGGUGGCAGUUGGAGGAGGGGUGAAAUGGGGAGAGGGCUCACCAGGCUGCCAGGGUCACAGAGAUGGGGAUGAGGCAAUGCCCAACCCUGGGGGGCACAGGGGCCAUGGCACUGACCCUGAUCCUCUGCUCAGGCUUUAGUGGAGCAUCGAGGGUCAUCUACUCCGAAGUGAUGGUGCCAAGGCAGCUGGAGCUGAGGCACGGGGCAGCAGCGCAGGAUGAUGUGGCCUAUUUAAUCACGGCAGAGGGAAGCUACCACGUCCUCCAUCUGACUCGGGCAAAAAAUCUGGUAGCCAAGGACCUCCCUGUUUACACGUACGGUGCCAAGGGAGAGCUGAUCACCGAAUUCCCCUACAUCCAGGAUGACUGCUUCUAUGAGGGCUUUGUGGAAGGGUCGCCAGGCUCCAUCGUGGCCCUCAGCACCUGCUAUGGGAUCAGAGGAAUUCUGCAGAUGGGGGACCUGCAGUACGAGGUGCAGCCGGUGCAGAACUCCUCCACGUUCCAGCACCUCAUCUAUCGCACAGAGCCAGCAGAGGGCUGGGUCCCACCGUGCCAACUGCCCGUGGGACACCCAGCCAAGGAUGGAGACCACACCAACGGGAGCAGGGAAAUCCUCAGCAUAGAGGAGGUGUUCGAUCUCGAGAUCCUGUCCAUGUCCACCAGAUACCUGGAAUUAGCUCUGAUCACCAACAAGGAGCUGUUCAAAGCCAACAGACACAACGAGACCCUGAUGCUGCACCUCUUCGUUUCCAUCAGCAACAUCCUGAACACGGUCUACAGGAGCAUGAAGCUGCAGGUCGUCCUCAGCGCGGUGGAGAUGUGGACCACAAAAGACCAGGUUGUGGCCAGGCAGAGCCUGUCCCAGACACUGCAGUUCUUCAGCAGCUGGUGCCAGCAGGAUGCUGCAGAUCGCCUCGGCUACGACCACGUGGAGCUGCUGCUUGGUGAGCACUACAAGGAGUGGGGCUUUACCUGGAAGGGGACGAUGUGCCAGCCCAACUCCGUUGGCGUCGUCUCGUUCUCUGGCCAAGACACUGUCCAAAAUGCGAUGACCCUGGCGCACAUGAUCGGCCACAGCUUGGGCUUCAACCACGAUGACAGGAAACAAUUUCAGUACAAAUCCUGUGACUGCAACUGCACCCAGAGGGGAUGCAUCAUGGGAUCAUACCCAGGAUCUUGCUUGGCAUUCAGUAACUGCACUCUGAAGGAAUAUUACGAGGAAGUAAUAAGAAAAAACAAACCUUGCCUGCUCAACAUACCGCCUUUAAAACCAUCCCUUUUCGAACUCUGUGGCAACGGCGUCCUGGAAAGAGGAGAAGAAUGUGACUGUGGCAGUGACAAGGCAUGCCUCAAGGAAGGAUGCUGCUUCUCCAACUGCAUGCUUGCCCCAGGAGCUUCCUGCUACAGGGGAGAAUGCUGCCGCAAGUGUCGGUUUCAACCAGCAGGAAAAAUCUGCAGAGCGUACCAGAGCGAAUGUGAUCUGCCAGAGUACUGCAAUGGCAAGUCAGCCAGCUGCCCUGUGGAUGUUUUUAAGCAAGAUGGAACUCCAUGUGGCAACAACGACCGCUGCUACGAAGGGCAGUGCCACAGCCACGAGGCGCAGUGCAAGGCUUUAUUUGGCAAAGCCGCCCACCGUGCCCCACUGAGCUGCUUCAGGGAUGUGAACCUCCGAGGGGACCGCAGUGGGAACUGUGGCUGGAACGGCACGCACUACACCAAGUGCCUGGAGGGGAACAUUCUGUGUGGCAGAGUGCAGUGCACUAACAUCAAAAGAGUUCCAGUCCGGCAAGAUGGCGAGACCGUGGUCCAGACCUUCCUGAGCAACCAGCUCUGCUGGGGGCUCGAGUUCCACCUGCCUUUCGACACGCCUGACGAUGGCUCGGUGAAGGACGGCACGUCGUGUGGUACAAACAAGAUAUGCAUCAACAGGACGUGUGUCAGCGCAGCUUUUCUCAGCAGCAUUUGUACAGCGAAAAAAUGCCAUGGCAGAGGGGUCUGCAACAACAAGAACAACUGUCACUGUGAUUCGGGAUGGGCCCCUCCAGACUGCAGGGCAGAAGGGUUUGGAGGCAGCGUUGACAGCGGACCACCUCCUUCUUACUAUGUGUACGGAGCUACGGUCAAAGCUGUUGGAACACUGCUUCUUUUCACCCUGAUUUUGGGCAUCCUGCUGUACAAGAGGGCUGAUAUUGCCAAGUAUAUCCAAAGGUGGCGACGUCAAAGAUGGGACAAAAGAAACAACUCCACUCCUCCUCCUCCAGAACUGGAGAGCCCAGAAAAUGCAUAGAAGUCCUCCUGAGCUGUGCAGGGUGCAGGAAACCAAGGUUUGUCAGCAUCCCAGAGGGCUCUGCAGGACCCAGCCCUGCUUCCCAGGCCUGUCCCAUCCAUUUCGCUUUUGUUUUGUUUUAAAUAACGACGUUAGAUUGACUGGAAUAAACAGCUUUUCCUCCUAUUUCUGAUGGUGGUAAAUAUCCUCCUGUGGGCUCCCCAUGUUUCUGCUCACACUGACCUGCAGCACGGUCCCAACACACGUCCUGCCAUCUCUCAGAGCCCUGAAAUGGUGUAAAGGACAGAGGUUGGGCUGGUGGUGGUGAUAUGGGACAAUCUGGGGGAUCUCUGAAUGCAAGCCCACACCUGCAUGUAGGAAUUCAGGAAGAGAGGACACACAAAUGGGGGGAUUUGGGUCUUAUUUAUGAAGAGAGGACACACAAAUAGGGGAAUUUGGGUCUUAUUUAUGAAGAGAGGACACACAAAUAGGGGAAUUUGGGUCUUAUUUAUGAGGAGAGGACACACAAAUAGGGGAAUUUGGGUCUUAUUUAUGAGGAGAGGACACACAAAUGGGAGAAUUUGGGUCUUAUGAAGAGAGGAUACACAGAUGUGGAUAUUUAGGUGGGAACUUGAGUCCUGUUUAGGAAGAAGACACAAAUGUAGGAAUGUGGAUCUUAUUUACAAGGAGAGGGUACAAAAAUGUGGGAAUUUGGGUCUUAUGAAGAGAGGAUACACAGAUAUGAAUAUUUAAGUGGGAACUUGAGUCUUGUUUAGGAAGAGAGGACACAAAUGUGGGAAUUUGGGUCUUUUUGUGAGGAAAGGGUAUAAAAAUGUGGGUAUUUGGGUCUUAGUUAGGAAGAGAACACACAAAUGUGGGAAUUUGGGUUUUCUUUAUGAAGAGAACACAUAAAUACGGGAAUCUGGGUCUUACAUAGGAAGAAACAACACACAAAUGUGGGACUUUGAGUCGUAUUUAUGAAGAGAGGAUACACAGAUGUGGAUAUAUAGGUGGGAAUUUGGGUCUUAUUUAGGAAGAGGACACACAAACGUGGAUAUUUAGAUAGGAAUUUGUAUCUUAUUUAGGAAGAGACAACACAUAAAUAUGGGAAUUUGGGUCUAACUUACGAAGAAACAACACACAAAUGAGGGAAUUUGAGCCUUGUUUGUGAAGAGAGGAAACACAAAUGUGGGAAUCUGGGUGGUAUUCACAAAGAGAUGACACAAAUUUGGAUAUUUAGGUGGGAAUUUGGGUCUUAUUUAGGAAGAAGACACAAAUGUAGGAAUGUGGGUCUUAUUUAUGAGGAGGGGGGACAAAAAUGUGGGAAUGUGGGUCUUAUUUACGAAGAGAAGACACACAGAUGUGGAUAUUUAGGUGGGAAUUUGGGUCUUAUUCAUGAAGAGACGACACACAAAUGUGGGAAUUUGGGUCUUAUGAAGAGAGGAUACACAGAUGUGAAAAUAUUUAAGUGGGAACCUGAGUCUUGUUUAGGAAGAGAGGACACACAAAUGUGGGCAUUUGGGUCAUUUUGUGAGGAAAGGGUACAAA